AUGUACAGGGCUGUGUGUGUGGUGCUGUGUGCCUGCCUGUACCUACCAGUGCUGCACUGUGAGAACCUGCUCUGCUACUACUGCCCCCUGCUGUCGAAAGACAGGGAAUGCAGCUUCGUCCUCGCCGAGUGCCCGCCACAGGAGCUCUGCUUCACAGCCAGCGGGAGCUACGGGGGCCGGGUCGCCCUCUCCGCGCGGGGCUGCAUGUCCCAGCAAGACUGCCUCUCGGAGCACACCGUCCCUCACAAAGGGACCAACUUCACCAUGAGCUACAGCUGCUGUGACUGGCACUACUGUAACUCCGCUUCACGCGGCUCAGUCUACUCUGCAACCAUCGCCCUGGCAACGGCUGCAGCGAUCAUUCUACCUGCCUGGCUAUGCUAG